AUGUGUAAAAUUGCAUUAGCAGCUUUACUUGUUUCUUGGAAUAUUUAUCCAUCAUUUAUAAUAUCACAUAGUGCUGCUGAUCAAGCAGCUGCUUUUGUUGCUGUUGUUAAUAGUCCUCGUUCAGUAACAAUAAGUGGUGAUGAAAAAACUAUUGAUGCAAUACAACAAAUACUUUCAAUCUCUUAUCCAAAUGUAUUUAAAGCAUGUGUUCGUAUUGAAAAUGCAUUUCAUCAUAUCAAAUGA